UUACCAUGGCUGCCCUUUUCUGCCCGGUUCCCUUUUUCUAACUUCUGGACUGUGGUUUAAGAUGGCCUUGCUGAGGCAUGUAUCUGGAAGAUAAAAAGGUAGAAGCCACUCAUUCUUCAUCUACCCUUUUUUCAGUAUCUGGCACCAAUUCUGGCCCUACCAUUUGUGGCCCACGACUCUUGUGGUAUGCUGAAGAUUUACAGGCAGUUUCUGUGGACCACCUCUCUGUCCGUCUCUAAGCAAGCACCACAUAAACAAGAACUUGCCUAGUCACACGUGUGAGGACUGUGCUCUGACUGCCAAAAAGAUCAGUACAGACUCCAGAAUGGCAGCCACUCUCAAGUUGUUAAAACUUUUAAAAUACCAAGCAUCUUGUAAUCCUUCUGCCUGCUGUGCAGCCCAAAGCAUGGCAUAUUGGAAUAUGGCAAACAUCAUUCAUCAUGGGGGACAGAACCUUCCUGAACAUAAUAGCUCCUGCCAUCCUGCCCGAGAAGUUAAGAACAUUGGUGAUAUCACCUUGUCUCAGAGAAUCUGCACAACCAGCAUUGCCCACCUGGGUUUGGAAUUCAACAAAGCUUUUGCCCCUAAAGCCAACACAUUGCAUCCAGGCAAACCCAGUGCCGAAAGAGUUGGUAAAGAGGAUGUAGAGGUUUUUGAUGCCUUCGAAGGAACCCGAGUGUUCUUAAAGCUAAGGCCAGAGUACCAGCUUCACAGCUAUAACAGGUCUGAGACUCACCAACCCCUGUCUGUUUCAGAAGGUGAACUAAUUUUGCACAAAGUCAGAGUUUAUCAAAAUAAACUCCAGCCAGAAGUCAUUACUACUUAUUUUUGUAAGCUAAGCUCUCUGCCAGUGGAACAGCAUUCUGGUUUGCUGUCCAGUAAGAGCUUUGCUUUGCUCUGCCAACUGAGUGUGAAAAACAUUCAGCUCUUUGAUACCUCAGAUCUGAUCAGUAUUUUGAAAGCCUUUGUUGAUUUAAGAAUCCCUCUCUCCCCUUCCAUGCUAGAUGUGUAUGAAACCAGGUUUUGCCGUCAGGUGUGGGAGAUGAAUCUGGACCAGCUUCUCCUGGUUGCUGAUCUUUGGCGGAACUUAGGCCACAGAGUGCCUCGUUUUUUAAAUUUUUUUUUUAAUUACCUUCAUUUACACUGUAAAGAGCUAUCCUUGUCUCAGCUGAUUCACUUAAUUUAUAUUAUAGGUGAAAAUCGUCAGGUACCACAGGACCUAAUGCAAAAGCUGGAAUCACUGAUCCUUAAGUAUAUUGAUCUGGUAAAUUUGGAGGAGAUUGGUACAAUCUGUUUGGGGUUUUUUAAAUCAAGUAGUAAUCUCUCUGAAUUUGUCAUGCGGAAAAUUGGUGACCUGGCUUGUGCUAACAUGCAGCAUCUCAGCAACCACACCUUAGUUCACAUCCUGAAAAUGUUCCGCUUCACUCAUGUAGAACAUGUGAAUUUCAUGAAGCGAUUUGGAGAAAUUGCUCCUCAGCGAAUUCCUUCCUUGGGGGUUCAGGGUGUUAUGCACCUCACUCUUGCCUGCUCAGCCUUACGCUUCCUGGAUGAAAGAGUAAUGAAUGCAGUUGCUGCCUCUUUGCCUCCAAGGGUAGCACACUGUCGAAGUAAAGAUGUUGCCAAAAUUCUGUGGUCAUUUGGAACACUGAACUAUAAACCACCCAACACAGAAGAGUUUUAUUCCAGUCUGAUAAAUGAAAUCCACAGGAAGAUGCCUGAAUUCAACCGGUACCCAGAGCAUCUUCUGACCUGCCUGCUUGGCCUGGCAUUUUCUGAAUACUUUCCAACUGAGUUCAUCAAUGUUGCUCUGAGUCCAGAGUUUGUCAGAUUAGCUCAAGAGAGUAGUAAGUUUGAACUCACGAAGGAACUGUAUACACUUGAUGGAACAGUCGCCAUUGAGUGUCCAGAUUACAAGGGCAAUCGUCUUAAUCCUCACCUUCAGCAAGAGGCGUCUGUAAUGCUGUGGAAUUUAGCAUGCAAGGAUAUGAGGUCAAAGCCGGAGUUCCUAGAAGCUCUCUGUUUACUUGAGACCAUGUUAGGUGGCCCUCAGUACAUCAAGCACCAUAUGAUUUUACCUCAUACCCGGUCUUCUGACUUAGAGGUUCAGCUUGAUGCUAACAUGAAGCCAUUACCAAUUAACAAUGAAGUGACACCAACGGAAGAUGCAGCCCGAUUACAGUUUAAGCAGGUGGGAGUCAGCCUUACAGAUGAUUUGAUGAAUCGGUUGCUAAAGGGAAAAGCCAAGAGAUAUUUUCAGGGGAAAAUUGAGUUAGAGACUGGCCAGUCACCUGUGGAGUUAAGAAAGAAGACAGCUGGACCCUUAGUGGACUCUGCUUGCAGUGUGACAGACAGAUCGGGGAAUGUGGGAGCAGAUGGUCUGUGCCCUGUAACCCACAUGCAGCCCCCACUAGUGAAGCUAGCUAUUCAGUUUACAAACAAGAAUCAAUAUUGCUAUGGUACCAGGGAUCUGCUUGGACUGCACAAUAUGAAGAGGAGGCAGCUGGUUCGAAUUGGGUACCGCGUGGUAGAAUUAUCUUACUGGGAAUGGCUUCCACUACUGAAAAGGACUCGCUUAGAAAAGCUAGCAUACCUCCAUGAGAAAGUGUUCACCUCUGCUCUCUGAAGGGCCUUCAUGGGCAUUUCUACUCAUAAACGCAAUAGGUGCACACCCUACACCUGUAGGUUGAGCAUUCUUAACCAGAAAAUCAAAGUCAGAAAUGUUCUCAAAUCUGAAACUGAGUACUGAGAAAUCUCAAAUCGGGAAUAUUCAAGUGGUAGUCCAUGCAGAUACUUUAGACUCGAAAUCUGAAACAGCUCUGGUCCUAAGUAUUUAAUAGGGGGGAUUCUCAACCUGUCUUCCAACCAAGUAAUUUUAAAAGUGAGAGUGUAGGUGGAUAAUGAAACUAUCGAGUAGCUGUCGGUAUACUCUUUUCUGUUGCAGAGCCUGUAGCUAUAAUGCUAACCUAUGGUAGUGGCAAGCUGCUGUAGUUAUAUAUUUUGCUCAGAAUAAAUAAGCAUCUUCAAAAUGA